GGCACUAUUUGUAGCUGGUGUGGUGGAAGGACACAGUGAGGUUCUCACCCACCGCCCCCCGCCCCUCUUUCCCAUCCUCAUUUCCAUCAAAGCAAAACCGGGGAAGCGCAAGGAUCCCUGAGUUCCGAGUGUGCUACGGCUAGGACUGUCACUCAUUCUCUGAUCAGCGCGUGAACGCAGCUCGGCAGCGGCUGGCAGGAAACAAUUCUGCAAAAAUAAUAAUACCAAGACUGGCAAUUGUCUGCCUGUAGGACUUCUGCUCUGUCGCCGUCCAGACUCAUUGCAAGGGGGGAACACAAAAAAAUUACCUUUGCAAGAACAUCCUUCCCAACCAGCAGAUUACAAUGCUGCAAACUAAGGAUCUCAUCUGGACUUUGUUUUUCCUGGGAACUGCAGUUUCUCUACAGGUGGAUAUUGUUCCCAGCCAAGGGGAGAUCAGUGUUGGAGAAUCCAAAUUCUUCUUAUGUCAAGUGGCUGGGGAAGCCAAGGAUAAAGACAUUUCCUGGUUCUCCCCCAAUGGAGAAAAGCUGACCCCAAACCAGCAGCGGAUCUCAGUGGUACGGAAUGAUAAUUUUUCCUCCACUCUUACCAUCUACAAUGCCAACAUUGAUGAUGCCGGCAUCUACAAGUGCAUUGUUUCAGGAGAGGACGGCAGUGAAUCAGAGGCCACCGUCAAUGUGAAGAUCUUCCAGAAACUCAUGUUCAAGAAUGCACCAACUCCUCAGGAGUUCAGGGAGGGAGAAGAUGCCGUGAUCGUGUGUGAUGUGGUCAGCUCACUGCCCCCUACCAUCAUCUGGAAACAUAAAGGCCGAGAUGUUAUCCUGAAAAAAGACGCCAGGUUCAUAGUUCUGUCCAACAACUACCUGCAGAUCCGCAGCAUCAAGAAAUCGGAUGAGGGGACAUACCGCUGUGAGGGCCGGAUCUUGGCCCGUGGGGAGAUCAACUUCAAGGACAUUCAAGUCGUUGUAAAUGUACCACCCACUGUUCAGGCCAGGCAGAGCACAGUGAAUGCAACGGCAAACCUUGGCCAGUCGGUCAUACUGAUGUGUGAGGCGAAAGGUUUUCCGGAGCCCACGAUGAGUUGGACAAAGGAUGGAGAACAGAUUGAAAUAGAAGAAGAUGACAAGUAUGGCUUCAGUGAAGAUAGCUCUGAACUGACCAUCAGGAGAGUGGACAAGAGUGAUGAAGCGGAGUAUGUCUGCAUUGCUGAGAACAAAGCAGGAGAGCAAGAUGCUUCCAUCCAACUGAAAGUCUUUGCAAAACCCAAAAUUAACUAUGUGGAGAACAAAACUGCCAUGGAAUUGGAAGAGCAGAUUACUCUUACCUGUGAGGCCUCAGGAGACCCCAUUCCCUCCAUCACCUGGAGAACUUCCACAAGAAACAUCAGCAGUGAAGAAAAGGCUUCGUGGACUCGACCAGAGAAGCAAGAGACUCUGGACGGGCAUAUUGUGGUAAGCAGCCACGUGCGGGUGUCAUUGACACUGAAGAGCAUUCAGUACACGGACGCUGGAGAGUAUAUCUGCACAGCCAGCAACACCAUUGGCCAGGAUUCCCAGGCUAUGUACCUCGAAGUACAAUAUGCCCCCAAGCUUCAGGGCCCCGUGGCUGUGUACACCUGGGAAGGGAACCAGGUCAACAUCACGUGUGAGGUGUUUGCCUAUCCCAGCGCCACCAUCUCCUGGUUCCGAGAUGGGCAGCUGCUGCCAAGCUCCAACUACAGCAAUAUCAAGAUAUACAACAGCCCCUCCGCUAGCUAUCUAGAGGUGACCCCUGACUCUGAGAAUGACUUUGGAAACUACAAUUGCACUGCAGUGAAUCGUAUUGGUCAAGAGUCCUUAGAGUUCAUCCUUGUCCAAGCAGAUACUCCAUCUUCACCAUCCAUUGACGAAGUGGAGCCAUAUUCCAGCACGGCACAGGUUCACUUUGAUGAGCCUGAGGCCACAGGUGGAGUGCCCAUCCUCAAAUACAAAGCUGAGUGGAGAGUUGUGGGUGAGGAGAUGUGGCAUUUCAAGUGGUAUGAUGCCAAGGAAGCAAACAUGGAAGGUAUCAUCACCAUCAUGGGCCUGAAGCCUGAGACAACUUAUGCCAUCCGACUGUCUGCUCUCAAUGGAAAGGGAUUGGGGGAGAUCAGUGGGGUCUCCGAGUUCAAAACACAGCCAGUCCACACCCCUCCUUCACUGACUCCUGCUAGUCCUUCCUUCCAUGCUACAUUGUCUGCCUCAGACAAAGGAGAGCCCAGUGCACCCAAGCUGGAAGGGCAGAUGGGAGAAGAUGGGAACUCUAUUAAAGUGAACUUGAUCAAACAGGACGACGGAGGAUCCCCUAUCAGACACUAUCUGGUCAAGUACAGAGCGCUGUCUUCAGAGUGGAAACCUGAGAUCAGACUCCCCUCAGGCAGUGAUCACGUCAUGUUGAAAGCCCUGGAAUGGAAUGCGGAAUAUGAGGUCUUUGUGGUGGCCGAGAACCAGCAGGGGAAAUCCAAGGCAGCCCAUUUUGUAUUUAGGACCUCUGCCCAGCCAACAGCUAUCCCAGCCAAUGGCAGCCCCACCACCAGCCUGGGCACCGGUGCCAUUGUGGGCAUCCUCAUUGUCAUCUUUGUCCUCCUCUUGGUGGCUGUGGACAUCACCUGCUACUUCCUGAACAAGUGUGGCUUGCUUAUGUGCAUUGCUGUCAACCUGUGUGGAAAAGCUGGCCCAGGAGCCAAAGGAAAAGACAUGGAGGAAGGCAAAGCUGCAUUCUCGAAGGAUGAGUCCAAGGAGCCCAUAGUAGAGGUGCGGACAGAAGAGGAGCGGACCCCAAACCAUGAUGGAGGGAAACACACAGAGCCAAAUGAGACCACACCACUGACAGAGCCAGAGAAAGCCCCAGUAGAAGGAAAGUCCGCACCCCAGGAGACAGAAACCCAGCCAGCUCCAGCAGAAGUCAAGACGGUCCCCAACGAAGCCACACAAACAAACGGAAAUGAGAGCAAAGCGUGAUCAGUGACGGGAAAUUAAAAAGCAAACAUCACAUUAAAAAGUGACAGAACCACUUCCCCGGAACAUUUCUAGCAUCACACUCGCGUGCAUGUGCACGCGCACACACACACACACACACACACACGCUCACACUCACACUCACACAUAUCUCAUUCCUCUAGUGUCUUUUGCCUUUAAAAAAAAUCAAAAAAUCAGACAAAUAAGUAAACAAAUUGGGAUCUCCUUUUUGUAGGUUUGUUAAAAGGAUCCCUUUGUUGUGCAUUCACUUGUAAGGAAAUUUAAAAGAAAAAGAAAAAAAAAGGUUGAACCCACAGCCAAACUAGGACACUCCGUUCCCUGAAAUCAUUAACAAAAACAAUCCAACAGACGACAAAAAACCCCACCGAGUUAAGAAUCUAGGAAGCUCAGAACAAAUCUAGGUUUAGGAAGACAAUACUUUGCUUUCUCGGAUUUAGCACCCGAGCAGCUUCAGAGAAGUACUUUCUUCAGGCACGAUGACUAACCGAAUGAACAAAGUCCACAAUUUAUUUUUAUACUUUUCAGUCGAGUUUGAACUAUGUAAAGCCUCAUAAAUAAGUUAUAAUUUCUGUUCACUUUGUAUUUGUUCAGUAUGCAAAGUGUGUCACCCUUUCUAGCUGAAUUCAGUUCCCACGUAGACUCGUUUUGUAGGAAGGAUGCCAAAUUGCAGCUUCUGGGGGGUAGAUUUCAAUUUGCAGUAUUCAGACUUCUUUUCUUUUCUUUCUUUUUUUCUUUUUUUUUUCUGCCAACAUUAUUUUCCAGUGUUUACAAAUCAAGAAAUGUUUUAUUUUGAUUUGCGUUUCAAUGUCCACAUAAAAAGCUACCUUUUUUUUUUAAACAUAAUGGAUACAGUCUAGAGGUAGUAAGUUCUUCGCACACUUGCUUGACACAGGGAGACUUUUCAAAAUCUGAAUGUAGACAGUAACUGUUCCCCACUUCUUCUGUUUUCUUUCUCUACCUUUGGCUAACCUGGGUACAAACAAGAUUUUCUCUGGCUCUUUGCUUUUGGUUUUGGGGGGGCCAAGCUGCUUGCUGAUUACUCACUAGCUACAUCCAAGAAACAGACACUGCUUUUCCAGGCAUUCUGGCCCUUUCCUUGGAUGACUCUCCCUAGGUUUUGCUAAGUGAGGCGGAGAUUGUACAGUUGGGGCUGGUCUUGGCAAACACAUUUUAACCCCAACCAUCCCCCCUUUUUUUUAGAAAGCCAAAUGAAAAGGUAUAUGCAAACAAUUACUUUUCAGCCCAUAAAUCUAGAUUUGAGCGGAAGAGCAUGUGUGCUUCAGGGAAUUGUUGUCUUUUUUUUGGAAAUCUGUCGAAGUAAAGCAACAUUGGCCUUCUGUUCACUUGGACAGCACCUGUGAGAUCUGCUGUCUUGAUUCAUAAUACAACUCUCCUGGAUUAGGAACUGAGUGGGGGGGACAUACAGGAACUUUAAAAGGGGGUGGGAGGGGAGAAGGGUAAGACCAGCCCUUUGUAUAGAAAUUUUUCUUUUUUUUUUUUCUCAUUCUACUUUAGAACUGCAAGCUUGUGCACUGUGGAUGCGUGAAUAUUUUAGUGUGAAACGUGUUUUUGUCAUAGUAUUGAAAUAAAACUUCAACAUAGUUUGGUUGUGGAAGGUGUAGAAGAUAGUUCAGAAAAUUAUUCAGGAAAUAAAAUAACUCUUAAAAGGAACAGAAGCCUUUAAACAAAGAAAAUUAAAUAAUAAUGAUGAUGGUGAUUAUAAGUAAACAAAAACCAAUACUCCGGCAUGCAUUCCUUUCCUAAGGUAUGAUAAGGGAAGAGGUUAGGGUGGUGAGACUGUCAUCUGAGCCUGUUCCAUUAAAGCCACACUCUCCAGUAUACAUACAAUUCUGUAGUCUAAACAGUGGCAAUGCUAGAUUAUGAUUUCAAACUGUGAAAAACAAUGCUCUCAUCAUUUGCUAAAUGUGGGGUGCUCUUUAUUUUUUUCAGUUGGGUUGUGGGAUUUUUUUGCAUUUUUUCAGCUCCUGGGGAUGGAAAUGGAGGCCCCUGUAUGCACAACCCUGGCCUGUUCCUGUCACUAGGGCUUGCAUAAAUAUACAUUUUAAAUACACUGGCCUUCAGAAAACAAUAACAGUAGUAAAAGAGGCAUAAGAUGUCCAGCAGAUUGAGAGAGUAGGGCUUAUGAGUCAAGAAGGAAGGACCCAGACCUGCCCUGAGAUCACAGAGGAAUAUGUUGCAACAUCAGAAUUGUCCAGGGGAACCAAUUCCCUCAUCUUAUGAUGCUGAGGCUUUAGCCCACUUGACCAACACCAUUCUAUACCUCAAAGGGUGAUUAUUAAUUAAAGUGAGCAAGUGGAAGUCACAUUCUGAUGGCUAGGAACAGGUGGAGGCAUAUUUAGCACUCAGCUGGCUUUCAGAAUGACCUCUGAUACAGGAGAACUGAGGUACCAGGGGCCCUGAAUCUACCUAUCAUCAGCCCCAUAAAUGACAGCAGUCAUUAUCUACUUCUCCCGUUACACAUAAGUAUGUCUCACCUCUCAAAGUUUCUUUUUUUGUUUUUGUUUUCCUGUUCCUUUUUAAUUCUUCUAAAGUCAGAGGGAGUUACUUUACUUCCACGCUAUCCAUUUUUUUUUAAAUGGAUGAACUUAGUCUUAAUUUUUCUUAAUCCUUUGAAGGAGGGACCAACUUUAUCCAUUUUUCAAUGUGUGUGUUUAUACAUGUGUAUGUGUAUGCAUACGUAUUUACAUAAACACUCAUCAGUGGUCAAAUGCUACCAGUGGAGCAAUCACUCAACACCCCAGGCCACACAAAUCCAGAAAGGACCAUGGUGUAUUGGAGUGUGCAGCUUGCAAAGUGGAACUAUAUUUUCACACUUUUCUAUGGAGCCUUCCAGAUCCCAGGUUUUCGCCCUAGGCUGUUUGGAUAGUCGUUUUCAGAACUCCAUUAACAUCCCUACCCAGCAUUCCCUACUUUGGGGCCUUCUCUCUUGUUAUAAAACUUUUUACCAAGUGAAACAUUGACACCACCUUUAUUUCCAUUCUCACUGGUGUAAAUACUGAGUACUAACUGAGAAUUUUGACUUUGCAUUCUGUCAGAAUACUUGUGUUCAAUAAAAAUUAAA